GACCGCUCUGGGACCAGAAUUCUCUCUGAACAGACGACAAACUUUGAAAUGUUACUGAAUGUGAUCAGAAACAUUUAAACCUUUAAACCUAAAGUCUGAACAUGAAUGUUUGACAGUGGAUCUGAUCCAGAACCUGAUCCAGAACCUGAUCCAGAACCUGAUCCAGAGUAAAACUAAGAGACGAAAUAUUGACCUGAACCAACGAUGAACAGCAGACUGGACCGAGGAGGAAGAGGAGCAGGAGGGAGGAAGGUCUUCCUCAGUGCUCACCGCUGCCCUGAGGUCGACCUGCUGCCUGGUCACAACUCGGAGACAAGAAUCGUUCCUGACGAGAAAAGCUCUGAGUUCACGGGUGCAUGUGAGGCAGAUUACCUGGAUAUCUGCUUCAGCAGAGAGGAGGACGACCACGAUGAAGAGAGCGUCAGCGACUGGUCGGAUGAAGACCUCUCCCUCCACUUCUCUCCAUCUGUCAUCCUCCAAUCAGACGACGAGGAUUCAGAUCCAGAGAGUGGCUUUCAAUGUGUUGACGUUACCAUGGAAACACAGGAGGGGGAGGGGCUUAAAAUGGUUCCUAAACGACAGAUUCAGCUGAAGAAGAAGAAAGAGUCAGAGAACGUCAUCGACCUGGUGAACGCAGAGAAAUUAAAGGUGACAUUGAAGGAUGGAUCUGCUGAAGGGAGAGGAGACAACAGUGAUAAUUCAGCCAAUGAACUUCUCUGUUCCACUGCCCGUCUCCGUCCUGAUUUGUUGCUACGGCAACACAGUAUGCCUUCAUCCUUUCACACGCUGUCACCAGCCAGUGGUGAUGUUGAAGGGAAUCUUGUUGGAGGAAAUUCAAGACGACUUCAGAAAUCUUUGUCUCUGGAUGAGACUAAAACCAAGAUGGCGUCCUGUAUCAUUAAGAACAUCUUGUCAAAGAAGAUGCAAGUGGAGCAGAACAUUAGUAAAACGUCUCACCUGAAGAAGCCGGACGAAGUGUUACCUGUCCUCCCGCAGCCUGCAGAGCUUCAGAGGGGGGGAGGGGGGGGGGGGACAGGUGUGGUGAAAGCUCCGGUUCACCUGGUGAGGGACAUGAGGAGUUUAGUUAAAAACACCUACAGCCUCUCAUUCUCUAACAGCAUCAGGCCAACAAGCUUCACUGUGACUGACCAUGAGGUAAGUCCUCCCCCCACCUACAAGCAGGCUGUGGGGGUCAAAGGUCACGUCGCCAAGGUCGCUGCAUCUUUCGACCAAUCACAACACAAGAAACAAAGCAACACAUUUGUUGGUCCAGUCAGGCAGAGAGCCUGUCCCCCACCUCUUAGUAAUGACCUGUCACAGAUCAACCAAUCAGAAUCAACUGUAGCUUCCCUCGCCACGUCUGUGUUCAUCCCGCCCCCCCCUCCACCUCCUCCACCCCAGCCCCAGUCCACCCUGUGUGCCCAGGAACAGAGCCCCAGCCUGGGUGCAUCCUCACAGUCUGCCCCCGGACUCUCCCACCAGGUCCUCCACCCCUAUUUCUUCACCCCUACUGCCCUGUCGUCCUUCCACCCCACCCUGCUCCCUCACCUGGGAACCAUCAGCUACAUCUCCGGCCCUCUGAGCUACAUCCAGACCCAACUGCAACCCUCCCCACCUGCUCCCAGCCUCCCCCUUAUGAACAGGUCUGAGGAGAACAGCAACAGGUUGACUGGAAAACUCUCAGAGCAUCCGAACCGGACCAGGACAGCGGGGGCCCAAGAGAGACGGGGCAGCACAGAGGCACCUGUAAUGCAGAGGCAACAACAACAGCAUCAGAAACAGUUACAGCAACCGCAACUGCAGCAACAGCAAUCACAACACCAACAUCAUCAUCAACAACAACAACAACAGCAACUUCAACAGCAGCCAUUUUGGUGGAGUUUUCCAGGUCUCAUACCUGCCCAGGUGGGUGGUGACGUUCUCGUUGACAUCACUGGUGCUGCUGCAGCACCUAGAGUAUCUCCAGGGUUAGGUUUAGGGUGGAGCAGUAUGUCCGCCCCAAGUCACCUGCAGUUAGAUUCAAAACGGGGGCGGUGCUUAUAUGUGGACACGCCUCCACAGCCUCGGCAGAAGUUGCUACUGGAUCCAGAAACUGGUCAGUUCAUCCCAGUGUUUCUACCUGCAGCCAGCUCCGCCUCCAGCAGUGUGCUACCAGUGCGCUGUGCUAACCCCACCCCCGCUAUGGUCCAGGUGGGGGGUACUAACCCCACCCCGCUAUGGUCCAGGUGGGGGGUACUAACCCCGCCCCCGCUAUGCUCCAGGUGGGAGGUACUAACCCCGCCUUCUUCUCAGUGAUGCAACUCCAGCCACCAGUAGCCAUUUCCUCCCUGUACACCCCUCCCUGCCUCCCCCUCACCAUGAUGACAUCACGCAUAUGUCAAGGAAAUGACAUCACACAUACGUCAGGGUGAUGACAUCACACUGAGGCAGAGGAAAACGUGAUGGAACUUUAAACAGUUUGAAUAUUGACGGUCACGCGUUACUUGGUUGUUUUUCUUUUUUAUCAGUUUCUGUUUUAUAUCACAUUGUUUCUUUGCACCAAACUUGAAGCACAACACCUGUAGAGUUUUAUAUGUUUCACAUUGUUUUAUAGUGAAGUUGAUUUUAUUCUGAGCUUUUUACAAACACAAAACCAGCUGAUUAAUUUAAUUCCAUUUAUUUUUCUCACAAACUUCAGAAGGAACAUUUAACAAGUUCAGUUCACUUUGUAAAGACACUGAAAAAUAAAACAUUUUGUUUGACUUUGUUUAGUAUCAUAGUGUCAGUGUUUCAUUGGUCGACCACUUUACUGGGAACCAUUUUGUUUUCAGGCAUCAGAUGAUUCUGUGAUUGACCUUCAGACAUGUUUGUAGCUUGAUUAAAACAUAAUAAAUUCAGAGGAAUGAUGUGACUCGAUAGUAGUGAAC